UCAUCCAAACGGACCCUAUCUCUGUCUCCACUUUUGAAACUUUCAUCCCCUGCUGGCCUCACAGCUAUGUCCAUCACCUGCAACUGCAAGCUCAUCCCUCUUCAUCUCUCUCUCCUCCCAAACCCUAACCCUAAACUUCCAUUUCCUAACCCCAACCCACCCCCUCUCUCUGCUCCAAAACUACUCUCGAUCCGAUGCGCCAAGAGGUCCCAACGAACCGGAAAGUAUAGAUACCCCUCUGAGAAGAAGAAGCUCAAGUCCAGACAGCAAACCCAAAUCGAUGUCCCCCAAAAAUUUGAAGGGUUUUGGAGGCUAUCGAAGCUCGGAGUCUCAGUCCACAGAGACCCUGGAAAAGAUUUUCUUGAUGUUUCGGACGCUUUACUUGAAGAAAUUGCCAAAGUUCUCGAAUUCCCGGUUGCUUCUAUGUUGCCGCCAGAAGCAUUCUCAGUUGUUCGGAAAUCUUUUGAUGCAAGGAAGUCGCUGAAGGAGCCCAAAUUUGUAUAUACUGUAGACAUGGAUGUCAUUAAACUCUUGGAUCUAGAACCUCGCACUUGGGACUUCAUUUCUCGACUGGAACCCAAAGUUGGGUUGAUAGAGCAUAUGCUUGAUGAAAGAGUUUCUGGUGAUAUAAUUAACGUAAUACAUGAUUAUAGAAGGAUCUAUAAUGGUGUAGUUUCAAAUGAAGGUGGACAUAUUCAAUUGGGUGAAUCAUUCAAGUACCCUGCAACUAAAAAACCAAAAGUAGGUGUUGUUGGCAGUGGACCAUCAGGGUUGUUUGCUUCUCUUGUGCUUGCAGAACUUGGUGCUGAUGUUACCUUAAUAGAAAGGGGUCAAGCAGUUGAACAAAGGGGUCGUGAUAUUGGCGCUUUGGUAGUUCGACGAAUUUUACAACUUGAAAGCAAUUUUUGCUUUGGAGAGGGUGGUGCAGGUACUUGGAGCGAUGGAAAGCUAGUAACUAGAAUUGGAAGGAACAGCUGUAGUGUUUUGGCGGUUAUGAAAACGUUAGUUCAUUUUGGAGCUCCAAAGAAUAUCUUGGUUGAUGGAAAGCCUCAUUUGGGAACUGACAGAUUGGUUCCACUAUUACGCAACUUUCGGCGGCAUCUACAAGGAUUGGGGGUUAAUAUCAGGUUUGGCACAAGGGUAGAUGAUUUGCUUGUAGAGAAUAGAAGUGUUGUGGGGGUGAAAAUUUCUGAUUCAAGCAACGACUUAAAGUUUGAUAGCCAGAAGUUGGGAUGUGAUGCAGUUGUUCUUGCAGUUGGACAUUCUGCCCGUGAUAUAUAUCAAAUGCUUCUGUCUCAUGAUAUGAACCUGUGUCCGAAAGAUUUUUCUGUUGGGUUGCGAAUUGAGCAUCCUCAAGAACUAAUAAACAGCAUACAGUAUUCUGGAUUGGCCACUGAAGUCCGCAGUGGACGUGGGAAAGUACCAGUUGCUGAUUACAAAGUCGUUAAGUAUAUUAAAGGAGAUGAUGUGGAUACAACCUUUAAUCCAGGGACUGUGAGGCGUGGUUGUUAUUCCUUCUGCAUGUGUCCUGGUGGGCAGGUUGUUCUUACCAGUACAAAUCCAUCAGAACUAUGUAUCAAUGGCAUGUCAUUUUCUCGACGUGCAUCGAAGUGGGCAAAUGCAGCUCUCGUUGUUACUGUCUCAUCUAAGGAUUUUGAUGCUCUAAAUUUCCAUGGACCUCUUGCUGGAGUUGAGUUUCAGAGGGAAUUUGAGCGAAGAGCUGCUACAAUGGGAGGGGGCAAUUUUGUGGUGCCUGUGCAAACAGUUACUGAUUUUCUGGAAAAUAAGUUGUCUGGAGCAUCUGUUCCGCCGUCAAGUUAUCGAUUGGGAGUGAAGGUAGCCAGCCUCCAUGAAUUGUUCCCCAAUAAUAUAACGGAGGCUUUACAAAAUUCACUCUCAAUGUUUGACAAAGAGUUACCAGGAUUCAUCUCCAAUAAUGCUCUUCUUCAUGGAGUAGAGACAAGAACUAGUUCUCCUGUCCAGAUUCCCCGCAACACCGACACUUACGAGAGCACGUCAUUAAAAGGACUCUACCCAGUUGGAGAAGGAGCAGGCUAUGCAGGUGGGAUUGUGAGUGCGGCUGUUGAUGGCAUGUAUGCUGGUUUUGCUGUGGCAAAAAAUCUAGAUCUUUACCGGGGCAGCAUAGACUCACUUUUGGGCAAGGCUCAAAAUCCCAGUUUUACAAAUUACUAGAAAAGCUGUUUUGAUCACUUCAUUUCAACUGUUUUCUCACUUGAAGCUGAAGGGGAUGAUGAACCAAACCUCAGACACACUUCUUGGUUUAGCUCUUGAAGAUGAUACUGUUCCCGACUUGUACCACUAUAAUGAUACCCAUUUGCUAGAUUUGAAGUUUUGGAUUAGUCUGUGGAGAAUCAAAGAAGCAUGUACUUGACUUUUGACUUUUUGAAUUAUUUUAUUUUGUAAUUUUUCUUUGCUGAGUAAAUUUUUGCAUUCAAUUCAUGCAAAGUGUUAUCAUCAGCAAUCUGUCAAUGAAAAUUGUUACUUUGCAUGUGUCAUGUUCUCAAUAAGAAGAAAAAAAAAUCUUUACCUUUU